ACACCCUCUGAGAGGCACAGCGUCACUUCCAGGCCGACCAUUGGCUGCUUCCGCGCCUGCGCAGUGAGCACCUGACGACACGUUGGGGCGACCAGCAUGGCGGACAUGGAGGAGAGCGUGAAGCCAAACACAGAUGAAACCCUCGGUAGUUCUGGGAGUGAUGAUGAUAGCAGUCCGGUGAAUGGAGCUGAGAGUGAGGAGGCAGUGAAGAGCUUUAAAGAUCUGGGGGUCACUGAGGUUCUCUGUGAGGCCUGUGAUCAGCUGGGAUGGAAGACUCCAACGAAGAUCCAGGUAGAAGCCAUACCUGUAGCUCUGCAAGGAAAGGAUGUCAUCGGUCUAGCAGAAACCGGUUCAGGAAAGACCGGUGCCUUCGCGCUGCCGAUCCUCCAGUCCCUGCUGACUUCCCCCCAGAGGCUCCACACCCUCGUCCUCACCCCGACCAGGGAGCUGGCCUUCCAGAUCGCUGAGCAGUUUGAGGCUCUGGGCUCCAGUAUUGGAGUAAAGUGUGCUGUCGUAGUGGGAGGAAUCGACAUGAUGUCCCAGUCCUUGGUGUUGGCUAAGAAACCUCACAUUGUUAUUGCCACACCUGGUCGACUGAUAGACCACAUGGAGAACACCAAAGGCUUCUCUCUGCGAGCUCUGAAGUUCCUGGUGAUGGAUGAAGCAGACAGAAUCCUCAACAUGGACUUUGAGACUGAGGUGGAUAAAAUCCUGAAGGUGAUUCCCAGAGACAGAAAAACCUUCUUGUUCUCCGCCACCAUGACCAAAAAGGUCCAGAAACUUCAGAGAGCCGCUCUGAAAGAUCCAGUGAAGUGCGCCGUAUCCACCAAAUACUCCACAGUGGACAAACUCCAGCAGUACUACGUCUUCAUACCGGCCAAGUACAAGGACUGUUACUUGGUGUCCAUCCUGAACGAACUCGCCGGCAACUCAUUCAUGAUCUUCUGCAGCACGUGUAAUAACGCCCAGCGGGUGGCGCUGUUGUUAAGGAACCUUGGAAUCACUGCAAUCCCUCUUCAUGGACAGAUGAGUCAGAACAAACGUCUCGGAGCGCUCAACAAGUUCAAGUCAAAGUCCCGCUCGGUGCUGCUGGCGACAGAUGUGGCGUCCAGAGGACUCGACAUUCCUCACGUAGACUGUGUCAUCAACUACGACAUCCCCACUCACUCCAAGGAUUACAUCCACAGAGUCGGACGAACCGCCAGAGCGGGGCGGUCUGGAAAGUCCAUCACGUUUGUCACUCAAUAUGAUGUGGAGCUUUUCCAGCGAAUUGAAACCCUGAUUGGGAAAAAGCUUCCCGCCUUCCCGACGCAGGAGGACGAGGUGAUGAUGCUGGUGGAGAGGGUUAGUGAAGCUCAGAGAUAUGCACGGCUGGAAAUGAAGGAACAAGGUGAGAAAAAGAAAAGGCCCAGAGGAGGAGACAGAGACGAGGAUGACACAGAGCAAUCCAGCGGAGUGAGGAAGAAAGUGAAAGGUGGUUUAGGUGGAGGAGGAGGAGGAGGAGGAGGAGGAGAAGGGGGGAAAGGAGGGGUGAAAAAGAGAGGUGGAGGAGCCUGGAGGGGAGGGCGCUAAAGCCUCCAACAUGAACAGACUGUAUAUAAACCUGACAUACCCACAACAACAUGCCUUUAAUGUUUGUUUUUCAUGUAAUAUUUCAUCAUGUUAUUUCACCAUAUUUACAUAGCGUCCAUUUAAAUCUAAACAUCACACUUUUAAAAUGUUAAACUGCUUUAUUACAUCUUUAAAGAUCCAUAAACAUCAACUUUAAAGCUUUGAGGUUGAUACACAGCUAAAUAAGAACAUAUGUUGGAAUUUGAAGACAUAGAAAGCCAUAUUUCAGGUUAAUUUUAGAUGUUUGAUGAGUUUUAAAGUGUUUUCACUUGAAUUAUGACUCAAACUUCCACAAUACAUCUUAAUUAGAGUUAAUAAGAUGAAGAAGUGACGUUAAACUAACGUUUUGUCCGGUUUAUUGUGUCAUUUAUAACAUAAAACAUCAAAGUGUGACAUUUUAGAGAUAAAUGGAGUCCUAGUAAAUAUGGUUUGAUUCAGUUAGUAAUCUAUUUAAUUUCAAACAAAGGUUUUCCUGUUCCUUUCAGAGAUAUUUCUAUUUGUAAUAAAAUAACUCGGUUAAACACAA